UAGUGGCAAUCUUGGAAGCCGCCGUGACGAGAUGAACCAGUAGAGUAGGGUCCUCUCUCUUCUAUGGUCAGUUGACUUUUUGGUCAACUCUUUCUUCAUAUAUAGCCGCCAUUGAUAUACCACCCAACUCCCUAACCUCUCCUCAGUUCACCAUUAUCCCACCAACGACCGAACCCCAGCAUUGUCGCAUCCAACCAUGAACACCAAACUCUACCAAGCAACCACCUUCACCUUCGUCCUCUUCUUCUUCUUCUUCGCUUCACUCGUCUCAGCUCAGAACCAGACGAAGAUAAUCAGAUCUUUCUCGUCGUCAAACUCUCCAUGGCGACCGAGUUCGAACCAGACUCUUAUCUCUCCCAACUCCACCUUCGCCGCCGGGUUCAAGCCCGGUUUAAACGGCUUUACUUUCUCUAUUUGGUACUUAAACGUCACCGGUACAGAUGUCGUUUGGUCAACCGACAAGAACGGAAGCUCGUUUCUCAGCAGUUCAGCUGUUCUAAGCAUUAGCUCCACCGGCGAACUCCGCCUUCAGAAUUCCUCCUCCGGCGCAAACUUAUGGCCGGGGAACGCCACUGGGAAUCUUAACACUACGCUGACUCUCGGAGGAGACGGUAAUUUAGUGUUUGGCAACUGGGAAAGUUUCAAAUUCCCGACUGAUACCAUUCUCCCGAACCAGAACAUAACGAACACAGAACUCGUUUCCCGCAACGGAAAAUUCAGAUUCCAAAAAGCCAUAAACUUGGUGUUCAAUUCCUCCGACCGGUAUUGGACGGCGAACAACGCGUUCGUGAAGCUCGACUCAGACGGGAAAAUGGAGCAGGCGAAUAGUGGUUCGCUCAUAACUUCCGAUUUCGGUCCGAACUUGAAAAGGAGACUGACUUUAGACGACGAUGGAAAUCUCAGGAUAUACGGGUUCGAUCCCGAUCUCCGGGAGUGGACCGAGGUUUGGCACGCGACCCACGAGCUCUGCACCAUCCACGGCUCGUGCGGGCCCAACUCCAUCUGCACCAGCGACGGUUCCAAUUCCUCCUCCUGCGUUUGCCCGCCGGGGUUCCUUCCCGGCGCCGGGGGAGACCCGAAAAAAGGCUGCGAGAGGAAAAUUCGGCUCAGAGAUAUGAAAAAGACGAAAUUUAUUCGACUCGAUUACGUGAAUUUCACGGCUUCGAAUGAGGUGAGUUUGAGCGGAGCCGCGAAUCUGAGUGAUUGCGAACUGAAUUGCACCCGGAGUAUGAAUUGCCUAGGGUUUAUGCUCAAGUACGACGGAAGGGGUUCUUGCUUUCUGAAGAACGAUGACAAUGGUCUGCUUGUGAAUGGUUACUGGUCACCGGGAACGGAGAGCGCCAUGUUCCUUCGCGUUGACCAGUCGGAGACUGACCAGAGCAAUUUCAAAGGCAUGACGGAGAUUCUCGAGACCACAUGUCCAAUCAAGAUCGAGCUACCUCUUCCGCCGGACGAAUCCAACUCCACCACCAGAAACAUCGUCAUCAUCUGUACCCUAUUCGCCGCCGAGCUCAUUUCGGGUGCUUUGUUCUUCUGGGCAUUUCUCAAAAAGUACGUCAAGUACAGAGACAUGGCUCGAACACUCGGCCUCGAGCUUCUUCCCGCCGGAGGACCCAAACGUUUCUCUUACGCCGAGCUCAAAACCGCCACCAAAGACUUCUCCAACCUCAUCGGCAAAGGAGGUUUCGGCGAUGUCUACAAAGGAGAGUUACCCGACCACAGAGUCGUCGCCGUGAAAUGCUUAAAAAAUGUGGCCGGAGGCGAACCAGAUUUCUGGGCCGAGGUCACCAUCAUUGCAAGGAUGCACCACCUCAACUUGGUCCGGUUGUGGGGUUUCUGCGCCGAAAAAGGCCAAAGAAUACUCGUCUACGAGUACGUCCGAAACGGGUCACUAGACAGGUACCUCUUCUCCUCCAAUCGGUCCGGGUCGGAAGAAACCAAACCCGUUUUGGACUGGAACAUUCGGUACCGGAUCGCACUCGGGGUGGCCCGAGCCAUCGCCUACUUACACGAGGAGUGUUUGGAGUGGGUCCUGCACUGCGAUAUCAAACCCGAAAACAUUCUGUUGGGCGACGAAUUUUGCCCGAAGAUAUCGGAUUUCGGGUUAUCGAAGCUAAGAAAGAAAGAAGCCAUGGUAAGCCUGUCGAAGAUUCGGGGCACACGCGGGUACAUGGCGCCCGAAUGGGUCAAGUCGGAUUCGAUCACAGCCAAAGCUGACGUGUACAGUUUUGGGAUGGUGCUGCUGGAGAUGGUGAGUGGGGUGAGGAACAAUCAGAUCCAAGGGUCGGCGGUGGAGAGUGACGUUUGGUAUUUUCCAGGAUGGGCAUUCGAUAAGGUGUACAAAGAGGUGAAUGUGGAGGACAUUUUGGACAUUCACAUCAAACAGUCGUACGAUAGCAGGGCCCAUUUUGAGAUGGUUAAUCGGAUGGUGCAGACGGCGAUGUGGUGCCUCCAGAGUCGGCCGGAGAUGCGGCCGUCUAUGGGGAAGGUGGCUAAGAUGUUGGAAGGAACGGUGGAGAUCACUCAACCUUCUAAGCCUACUAUUUUUUUCCUUGGUGACGAUGAUCAAUAAUUAAUUAUGAGAUUUUCUAACUCAAAAUAUAAAACUAACAUUUUGUAACUUUGUAGGCUUGAUGUUUUUUUUUUGUU